UUGUAAGGUUUGCUUACAGAAUAGAGUUGAAGCCUUGAUUGGUAGCAUAGAAUUUUUAUAGGGGUCUAAGCAUUUGGUUGGAGGGACUCAAAAAAUUCCAAUCCUCAAAUGAUUGAUAGAAUCCAUUUGUUCACAGGCAUAAAUUAUUGCUAAUAUGGUCAAUGGUGGAAACGAGGGAAACUUGGCAGGUGAUUCUUUCUUAAAGCCAGGAACCAUCAAGCAGAGUUUUGAUUCAUGCCAAUUGCUGCCGAGUCAUAGAAGUUCGGGAGAGAAGAGUGCCAUGGAGACUGAGGGGAGACAGUUUUCAGAUUUUUACAGAAACUCGAGCGAGGAGCUGUUUCUCAAGUCAUUGAUGGAGAGUUCAAUCGGGAUGCCAGUUCCAACCAUGGAGAUGCUGGGGUUUAAGAAUCUUUCUCAGAAUUUUCGUGCAGAUAGUGAGGAGCUUUUCAGAAGCUGGCUCACCAAUGGAGAGGCAAGCAAUUCUAACCAGGGGCCCUAUAAUUUAAAACUCUUUUACUUUGUGAUUUCUAGUUCAAAAACUUUUAUUCUGAAUCAGGGUCACAAUUCUUCGAGCAUAGCACAUCGUACUCGACAAGCAUCACGAAGAUUAUCUACCGAGAUGGCCAGUUUGUCUUGUCAGCAACCUGGAACUUCGCUUCAAAAGAAAAGGAGCAGCGAUGACUUGCUUUUGCAGAAUAAUUCCAUUGGGGAAGAAACCUCAGGGGACGUCAAUCAAAAUUCAAUGAGGACUGCUGUAGAAAAGGGAUUGCAGGCUAGUAAUUUGUAUCUAGCCAAGGCAUGGUUUCAUAGUUCACAGCCCAUGACAAGAAGUAGAUCUUCUGAACUAAGGAGGAGGUAUGCUGCUAUGCAAAAUGCUCAAACAUCACUUGGCAUGGAGGAUGCACUCAAUUCUUACGGAAAUGGUGUCAAUAAAAUGAAAGUAGAAUUAUCAGAUCCAAAUGGUUUCAAUGACAUACCCAUGUGUGAGAUUCCCAAUCAACUGGGAACAUUCAUGUCCCCAUCAAAUUCGUCCUCCUCCACUUUUAAUGCACCCCAAACAGGAAAUGUAGACAAAGUAUCUUCUGUUGUCAGCAUGCUAAAGGGUACACUAGAACGCAAAAAGCUUAGCAACCAGAUUGAGAAAGAAGCUGGUGAAGAUAGUUCCAUUAUGCCUAAUAGCACCUUCAACCAGGGACAAGGAAAUCUUUUUCAUGAAAUUCCAGGUGCCUUUGCAGAAGUAUCCCUUGGCCAAGUAACAAAUACCGGGGUUGUGCAAGUUGUUCAAGGGCCUAUGGAUCUUGACCUGGAAGGUUUUGUAAAUCCCACAAACACAAUUCAGAUGAGCACAGUUUCUCGAGAAGCCUCUCAAAGUGAAUCCUCAGCUGCUGCUCCGGUGGUUUCAUCUGGUUUUGAUGCAUGUGAUGGCCCCAGCAACUCAAGUCAAACCUUAAGCAUAUGUGAAAGCUCAAAGAAACAAGUUGGAAAUGGUAGGAGCUCAGAAAAUGGCUGUAAAUCUAAAGCGGAUUUCCGAGAACGGAUAAUUGAUAAUCUGAAAGAUGAUCGGAAGAGGGGAGGCCUAGUUCGUUAUGGAUCUGUGACAUCAGCUGGUUCUGUGGACAGGGCAGACCCAACGAAAAAGCGAAGAGUGGAGCGGUCAAGAAAGAUGGCAGAGGCAAAAGAAAGGAAUUCGACCCCAGCAAUUCCAUCUGACAUGCAAUCAGUCUUGAAGCGUUGUGAAACUCUUGAGAAGGAAGUUCGUUCACUCAAACUUAACCUGUCUUUCAUGAACAGAAAGGACUCGGAGCAAACUAAGCAGAUUGAAGAGCUUCAAAAGCAGAAUGAGGAGUUGACAGAUGAAAAGGAGCGCCUCUUGGAAGAGAUUGAGAGGAUCAUUGCGGAUUCAGGCAACAUGUAAAAGCAUACUUUCCUAUAGACUGGACCGUUGCCACCAGGUUAAGCAGCUCAAGUUAUGGCUGACAGCAACAGGAAAUUUCCAAAGAUAUACAAAAACUGAAAACUCUACCCUAGCUAGGCAUCUAAAAUUGGUAUGAUAAUACAAUACAUGGCCGCAUUGGCAUCGUUUUCUGCCGAGAUUAUCUUUGCGUGGUUUUUGUCCAGCAAAAUGAGCAAAUAGUUGCUGAAUAUAAAGCCUAAAGCUAAAGAGUGAGAGCAGCCCGUUUCCUUGCCUCUAACUUGUAUAAAGCAUGGUCUCAGCUUUUAACAUGAAACAUCUGAUCUGUUGCAUCAACUGGUACUACCUCCAAUGGCCACCUCCAGGCUUACCAUAAAUCAUUAAAAAGGAAAGACAAUUCAAACUAAAUGCUUCUUUGCUUCUCCUUUUGGUUUUUUGGGAAAGCAGGAGGAUACUACACAGGCAACAGAGUUUCUAAUUUCUGAUUAAGAGAAUAGCGGACCUAUUCGAAAUUGUAUCCCACCUUUUUCAAGUUAACAUCCUGAAUACCUAAUUUAUUUAUAACCUUUCAACUUGUUUGUUUUCUACCCUA